GUAACCUACGUCUUGAUCCAGCGAUCGCCCCGCUCCUAGUCUUUUAGUCAAGAAAGCCUUUGCCUCUUGCAGGCGGCUUGCCAGGUGCACCUCACACGCCAUUUUAUAUCCCAGAACAACCCAGUUCUCUGAAAUCCAGGUCCUCAUUGCUUGAAGAGCAGCUCUUCGAUCGCAGCGUAGUCCGUCUUGGUCAUCCUGGAGGGUGGGUGCGCAUAAUGAGCACGUUGGCGGACCCGAUUUCGGAAAGCAGCUGGCAAGGCUAUGUGUCAUCCACGCAAGAUGCACUGCUUCUGUUUGAAGCUGCCAAGCGCGGUCACAUUCCAAAGAUCAGAAGGCGGCUGCGCGAUAAUGAACGCAAAAGGUUGAUCAAGAGCGGGCAAAUUUUUCUAUUCGAAGAAAGGGAGAGCGGUAUCAAACGAUGGACUGAUGGCCUUUUGUGGAGCCCGAGCCGCAUCUUGCAGAACUUCUUGGUUUAUCGACAGAUUGACCGAAAGCCUGCAAGUAAUGCCUCUCCCAAAUCUGCCACUCCACCUGAGUACACUAAAUUUCCCAGCAUUCAGGAGCAAGAGGCCAUGGGCUUGGCAGGUGGUGCCCCUUUCAUGGUCCCUAAUCCACUUUAUCAACAGCAGCAGCAGCAGCCGAGGCACUUCGACCACCAACUCGCUGGACCGAGCGGGACGAAAGGCAGUACUGCGAUGGGCGAAGAUGCGCUCCUUACAGCUUCUGCGUCAUCAAGCAUGACCACGCGGGAUCGGUCCGGCAGCCUCGACUCGAAUUUGGAUCUCAUGUUGCCAGAGAGCCAAAGGCGGCCGGGCUCCAGGCGAGGGGCGCCAAGCAUGUCGAGGCGAAAUUCGGAUUUGCAUAGAAGUCUUGUGGGCAGUCUGACUAACAGCUACCCUUUCGUGGAGAAGGGGUUAUGCAAGAAGACUAUCUCUAUUGAAGUGGAAGGCGCGCACCACCAUCUCAUCUCGUACUAUUCACUUGACGACGUAUAUGCAGGCAAACUGAGGACUCCAGCGUCGAUGCCAGAAUUCCUUUCGCUUUCCAUCUCCCCCAUCUUUCUCGCCAAAUCCAACUUUCGAGUUCCGCCUCAUAUUGAGACCGGGCCUGAUGGGAUCCCGCGGUACAGAGGGGAAGUGGACGAGGUUCCGACAGCAGGCAGCAACCUACCAGCUGGGCUUGGCCUGGACGAGGCUAGCAUGCCAAAAGGCUCAAGUCGACGACCGAGUCGUACACGAGCAGCAUCUGCAGCGUCGGCUACAACUGCUAGCAGGCAUCGCACAGUCUCCGAAGCUCCACCUAUGCCGCACGAGAUUGGCGGAUCCAGCAUGUUGCCACUGACUGUAUCGACAGCAGCUACGUACAACAUGCACAGCAACCCGUAUGGGCGCUACGAACCGUACCCGUCUGGCUUGCCACAAGGCUUCAGUCACAGCCCAGCCGUCUUCCAGGAUCUGCAGUCCUUGCCAUUCUAUCCAACGCCAUCCGAUACGGCGUUGCUCGAACCCAACCCUCAUCAAGUGCCGACCGAGUUUGGGAAGGAAUCGAGGCCGGUAUCUGCGAUGUCUGCUGCAUCAAUACCCAGCCAGUCCAACUAUGAGCAGGCAUCGACUUUUCUUCCAUCCAGUGGAUCUAUGCCUCACAGCAAUUUGCUUUACAUGCAGCAUUCCGCUCAGCCUGGCAGUGCUCCUCGCAAGCCCGGGCUUCCGCAAUUGGAACAUUGGGCCGGAGCACGCCACGAUGCGCCAACAGCCGCUCUGCAAGGUUACGAAAAUCCAGAUGCUACACUGUAUGCUGAAAAUAUGGGCGGUAUCUCGGCGUCGGAUGUCUCGUCAAGCAUGGGUCCGUACGCGCGCUUUGCCGCCCCUGCCAUGGAGAUGCACGCAUCUGAUCCGACAAACGCAUAUUCUCAACAUCAUGACAGCCUUUAUGACCCGUCGAUGAUGAUGUCAUUGCCCACUUCAAUGCGAAUAUCGGCGGACACCAGGCCACAAUACGUGCUAGAGAAGGAGGCCGCGCAAGAGCCCCGUAGCAACAGCAGCAGCAACACGAUUUCUUUCCCACUUGAGAAAGUUGUCCUUCGUAACCCUUAUCAUCCUUGAAUGGGGCCACUGCUUGGGCUUUUGGGUUCUGGUUAAAGCAAUCAUUAUCACUCUCACCAUCAGAAUUGCAAUCAUGCGAACGCCCAUUCACUCACUCAUACACUCGCUGUGCAUUUGUCCGCAAUCAUCCACUCCACACUCUCAAACGUCUCAUACGCACUGUACACAGA